AAAAAUAAAAAUUAUAUAUUAUCACCGGAUAUUCUGCAACAGUCAGCUAAAUUGCAGUGUGCAACCAUGACCGUUGAUCUCCAAUAUUUGAGACGUGGCGUAUAUCCAAAGACUCCAACUAUAGAAAACCUUUCUUCAGUUCUUCCGUCUAUAAAUAGUAGUACACAUUCAAAACGCCUUGGACCAAAAAGCUGUCCCGUUUCUUGCACAAUCUUGACUGCUAUGGAUGGAACAACCGACCAACGGCCGAUCAAGAAAAGCAGAGGCCGCCAAAAGAUUGAGAUCAAGAAAGUGGAGAAAGAAAACAGUCGCUAUGUUACGUUUUCCAAACGUAAAAAUGGGAUUUUCAAGAAAGCCACUGAGUUAUCUACCUUAUGUGGGGCGGAUGUAGCUGUGAUUCUUUUCUCCGAACAUGGGAAAGUGUUUUCUUGCGGCAACCCGAAUGUCGAAAAGGUUCUUGAUCGAUAUCUUGCUGAAAAGGAAGAGAAAUCUUGCAUACUGGAAAUCGGCAGCAAUGGCAGUGGUGUGACUCAGACGACUUUGCAAGAGCGAGAUUACAAGAAAUCUCUUAGCCGGUUGGAAGAGAUGAAAAGAGCUUUUACGAUGAUAAGCAAAAAUAGCAACAUGAACAAGGGUGAAUUUUGGUGGGAUCUACCGAUCGAUAACAUGGAGAAGGAAGAGCUUGAAAGUUAUAGGGAAUCUCUGGAAGAGUUGAAAAAGAAUGUAAUGACAAGGAUUGAGGGGAUGGCUGCCCAUAAUGCUGCGGGUGAGUCUAGUAUUAUUAACCAGUUCAUUAAUCAUAAUGGGGUUUGGAAUAAUUCUAUUGUUACUUAUGAUGCUGGUUUGAAUAAUGGGUUUCUUUAAUUCUUGGAAUGGAGACUUCUAUAUGUAAUGAGUAAUAUUGAUUUUUUUACUGCUUUAAUUGGCUCUAGGUCUCUUCUUAAUUAGGGGGCCUAGUUGUCUUGGAUGUAGCAUGGGAUACUUAUUACAAGUCCGAACUGUUCUUGUACUUUGAAUAUCUUCAAUUUUUUAUGUUCUUAUAA